AUGGACGCUCUCUACCCUAGCUGCAAACGCUAUAUCGACGCUGCCGCAGCUGGCAAGACCAAAUUCUGCGGCAUGCGUUCUUUCUACGCGACUUACGCAUCCGAAUGGAAACUCCCAGAGGCGGAAGUCGAGGCUAUUGAACGACGUGCACUUAAAACCGGCGUCAUUAACCGCUACAAGCAGUGGGCGCAGAUGCCCAAGCCCAAGCAUCGUACGCUGAAGGGCGGCACGAAAGCUUUUCUGAUCAAGGAGGACGCUCACUUCCGCAAGAUGGAAUCUGUCGUGGAAAGUAUACUCGAUAUUGCUGAGGAGCUGUAUCCCGGCCGGUUCUCUCGCGAGAAGCGCACGACGAGGUUUAUGUGUCGCCCCACCAAGACGACCACUUCGGAGGUGGACGGCUCGUCUUAUCGCGCCGGUGCCUUGUUCGCUCGCGUGCACUCAGGGUAUCCCUCGGCUGUCACCGAGAAGACUGCUGGGACCGUGGGCAACUCUUCGGUCAAAGUCGAGGACGAUGUGAUACUCACGGCCGACGUCACCUGCACUGGCGAGGGCAAGCUGGAAUUGGGCCCCAACCAGAUAGUUGAUAACGAGAUGAAGGUGCUCGGACAAGCCGGUCACAUGUUCUACCACGACGUCGGGCGCACGACGGUCUGGACGUUCACCAUCGAGAGUUCACAGAUGCGGAUGUGGAACCACAGCCGUUCCCAUACUGGUGUCACGGAGCCAUUCGACAUAUACAAGGACCACAACUGGUUCAUUCACUUCGUCCUCUUCAACACGUACGCCCCACUGACGACGCUCGGCAUCGACCCUACCGUCAAGCGCGUCAUGGACAAGGCUGGGAAUCUGCAGUACCAAUUUGACAUCUACCGCCCGGAUGACCCCACGCCGAGGGUAUACGAGACAACGCGUCUCCUGAACGAGAGGUUCGCGGAGACCUUUUACAACCGUGCCAUGCGCGUCUUUGCAGUUCGCAGGGUCGAAAAGGACAUCGCUGAUCCGACUAAGCGUUUAUACUCCGCAGAGACCCAGGUGCUCCGUGACUACUGGGUCUACGACCACGUUCCAGAUGAGAGCUCUAUACAGGAGGCGAUCAAGGACGAGAUGAGGAAGCACGCCGAUAUCUGGCCCGACGCGGAGAAGCAUAUGAUUGGCAUCGAGGAGGACGGCGUGGUGCACUACCCGAACGUCGGUACUUUCAAGAAGGGCAAAGGACCCGGCUAUGUCCCGGCGCCCCCGAAGGGUGCCGAGCGCUACGACUUCAAGAGCGAGGAGAACUAUGAAGGCUCGAAGCCACGUCGCGCGCGGAUCAAGUUGGCCACCACAGGGCGGAAUCCCGACUCCGGCAAUACUCCACGCCAUGCCCCGAAAGCGCUGGCAGAUGAACUACUCCGACUGCAUGACAAGAAGCACUGUCGGACUAUAUACUCGCAAAUAUGCAUCGACCUGUACGCUGUUGAUGAUCCUGCGCUAUUCUUUCACGCCCUUAGCCAGAUUUCCAAGAUUUUACGCUACCUGAAGCGCGCCGGAUACCUGCACAGGGAUGUUAGCCCCGGUAACUUCCUCCUUUACCGGAAGGCCCUGGAUGGAGCAUCUGAGUCUAAACAGCGUCAACUCGCACUCGAGGAGUGGGUUACCUUCAUCACCGACUUGGAAUACGCGCGCCCGUACACAGGUGGUACAGGACACGAUCCCAUCACAGGCACUUCCGCUUACAUCGCCGUCGAGGUGCAACACCAAACCCAUCUAUUCCUUCCGAAAAUAUUCGGUGAUGUCUUUCAAGGCGCCGAGAACUUUGCAUUCAACUUCUAUCACGAUCUCGAGUCUGUUAUCUGGAUGGCCUUGGACUUCACAUUUUGCAAGAUCUCCAAAACCUUGCUUGCGUCUAUUCCGGAUCUCUCGGACGCUCGUCUCAAUUUACUGCGCAGUAUAGCCAUAGAGCUAUUUCCUGGCGUACUUGAGGGCUCGCCUGAUCGCACAUAUACGAUCACCAUGGUGGCCAGGCUCUCGCAAUUAUUGCGGGAUCUAUACUCUCUUUACGGCCAGGGUGCACCGAUCGCUAAGGUUGUCAAACUUGCGAGCAGCCUAAAUGACGCCGACGAGAAGCUCUAGUCCGACUUGACUACCCCAUUCAUCACCCUCGAGAGCAAGCGUAUCGUGUACGACCCAAAGCUCUUCCUGGAUGACAUAUAUAUCGAAAUGGAGAAGACCUUCUGCGAGAUCAGCAAUCACUAUGUCCAGAACCCCGACACCUUCCUACCUGUGCCCGACGAGCCCCCGCGACCCCGUCGCAAACUUCGCGGCUCCUCCGUAGGA